CCCCCGUGGAGGGACAGCUGUUGCAAAAGAUGACUCACUUACAGGCUGGCCUCUCUCCAGAGACCCUGGAGAAGGCCAAGGUGGAGCUGAAAGAAAACCCGGAGACUUUACACCAGGACAUCCAGGAGGUCCGGGACAUGAUCAUCACCCGGCCGGACAUCGGUUUCCUCAGGACAGACGACGCCUUUAUCCUCAGAUUCCUCCGGGCGAGGAAAUUCAACCACUUCGAGGCGUUUCGGCUGCUGGCACAGUAUUUUGAGUACCGACAGCAGAACCUGGACAUGUUCAAGAACCUGAAAGCCACAGACCCGGGCAUCAAGCAGGCCCUGAAGGAUGGUUUCCCCGGCGUGCUCUCCAACCUGGACAGAUACGGCAGGAAAAUACUGGUCCUGUUCGCAGCCAACUGGGACCAGAGCAGAUACACGUUUGUGGACAUACUGAGGGCCAUCUUGCUGUCACUGGAAUCUAUGAUCGAAGACCCGGAGCUGCAGGUCAACGGGUUCAUCCUCAUCAUCGACUGGAGCAACUUCACCUUCAAGCAGGCGUCCAAACUGACUCCCAGCAUGCUGCGGCUCGCCAUCGAGGGGCUGCAGGACAGUUUUCCUGCCAGGUUUGGAGGGAUCCACUUUGUGAACCAGCCGUGGUACAUCCACGCUCUCUACACCGUCAUUCGACCCUUCCUCAAAGACAAGACCAGGAAGAGGAUCUUCAUGCACGGUAACAACCUGAACAGCCUCCACCAGCUGAUUCACCCUGAGAUCUUACCGUCGGAGCUCGGCGGGAUGAUGCCGCCGUACGACAUGGGCACGUGGGCGCGGACACUGCUGGACCACGCCUACGACGAGGAGACCGACUACUGCCCGGAGUCCUACACCCUGUCGGUACAAGACCUGGAGAGAGACCUGGAGAAAAACCUGUCCCCAAAAACCAUGAAGAGGUCUCAGUCGGUGGUGGAGCCCGGCGUCCUGAAACGACCAGACAAGGUCAAGAGCGAAGAAGACAACAUGCAGCCGCUGCUCUCGCUGGACUAAAACAACACAUUUACAGCUGAAAAUCCUCCUCGAAUCAAUAUUCACACACACAAAUGCUCAAAUAGACUUACCUGUGCACAUACUGUAAGCGACACACACACACACACACACACACAUGCACACACACGCUCUGGAAAACACCCCCCUCCAGAAAAUGCUGCUGCUGCUGCUGUUGGAUUCUUGUUUCUCUUGAACUCAGUGAUAUCGAGAUGAGCUGAUACGAAGCAGACACAUGGCCAGAGACGAGAGGGACGUGUUCCUCUGAACACUGAAGGGCAUCCUAAGAACCACUGAUGGUGUUCUAUAUAUUUAUUUAUUUAGUUAUUUGUCAAGUGCCAAUUCCAAAAACUGUAAAUUAACGUCUUUAAACAAUCCAGCCCCUCAGUGCGGAGCAGGGAAGCGUCGGCAAAGAGAAAGAGAUGUGAAGGUGCCACAUAAGUGUGAAAGCAGUGUUUCCUACAGCUGUAUAGUAUAUAGGUGAUGAGGGACGUGGGAAACUGGAAAUCAUACUUCAAAGAGGGCUUGGGGCUAUGAUUCCCAAGCUGCCAUUUUUUUCCUUCUUUGUACAGUAAUUUGGAGAAAACGCCUCGUCGGGCGUGAAGCACGGCUCAGGAUUAGCAGAAGUGACGAUAUUGAGUUUGUUCGACUUCCUGGACCCAAACUGGCAGACAGGCAGUUGGUUUACUGGGAGUUUACUGGGAGUUUACUGGGAGUUUACUGGGGGUUUUUGUUUUGGUUUUUUAUUUUCCUGUGAAAAUAAUGUCUGAAAUAUCAGUCUCGCUCCAGUUAUCUCUUGGAAAAGCAAACCCCCCUUUACGGUCAGAGUCGGCUCUAUGAAUCACCUGCUUUUUCCUUUUGGCCAUUUUCUCUCUUGUCCUGACCCCUGUGUCACAGAGUACAGCGUUUCUUCUGCCAUUAUGAAAAACUGCACAGCUGCAGGCUCUUUUUAAACAGUGACUCACAUCAUCAAGUAUUUGUUUGGCUGAAGACGACCAAAAGAUAUAUUUUCAGAAUCUAAUGGAUAGGAUGUCUGACCAAAUAAAUAAGGCAAAAUGUGAUUUUGUAAAAGCAGCCAAAGGGCAGGCGCAUCACCUCUUCCUGUUACUUUGUGACACAGUUGUUAUAUUUUUAGCAAUAAUAAUCUGAUUUCUGACAUUCAAACAUUACCACAGCAAAACACUGUGUUUUCUGUUGACUAGAGUUGAUUUCAGUAUCUCAGUCUUAUAAGAAUUAGGUAUUAAAAGGACUGUAGAGGUAUUUUUGCAUGUUUUAGACCAUUUAAAUCUCAUGUACCUGAAACAGUAUUACUGAUUAUUACUGAUUAUUUUCUAACACGUACUCCAGUGCAGUUAUAUUGCAUUCAUUAUGCACAUUAUUAUGCAGUUGAAAAUCCAUUUCAUAGCUUUUUCAAGACUCAACCAUGUCAUGUUCAGCUAAUAAUUUAUAGACUUAAAGAUUUCAAGUGUUCAUGUGAUAACAAAAUAAUUUGAGUAAUACCAUCAGGCAAACAAACAAGAGAUAGAAAUAGAAACAAAACAAGGGUUAACUUUGCUGUUAGCUUGUGAACAUGGAUGGAAACAAUGCAUAAAAAACAGCUUUGCAAACCUUUAAUGAGAAAAGAAACAAGGAAACACACAAUGCAUUUUGAUGAGGAAAACUGAAUGUAAACAUAACUUUUGUUUGUUUACAAGAAAACCCCACAGAGCACCUUUAGGUCUGAAACAUCAGAGUUUCCUGACAGCACGUGAACACACCAGACCUGCAGGCCACAGAACAAUAAUUAAAUUAAUGAGUCUGCAAACUGAGGUGAAUGAUUUGAUCUGUCUCAGGCAAUGUUGAAGUUAGCAGUAUCAGAAAUAUAAUUGGCAGUUAAUGGGCUAAAACAUGCAAACCUUAAAGGGUCCUUGUUUCAGCAUUGAUUGCUUUUUUAGUCAAGGUGUUUUGAAAGGACUGAAUCUAUGUCAAGUUUAAUUUUACAUAUUUAAAGUACAGUAUUAUAAUUACAGAGUUUGGUUUUAAAUUCAGAAGAUAGACAAGCUACGGCUGCAGUGUAGAUACAGUAGGAUAUUUAAACUGACUCCACUCACUGUUCCUUUUAUGCUUCUGACGUCCCAGAAAUCCUUCUUCAUAUGAAACCGACACCAGCUGAAGGUGUCUGACACAGUUUAGGUUCCUCCAAAUCAACCAUUCACCGCAGGCUGUGAAGUGCAGAAGGUGUGACAACCGAAUGUUAAGAAGGUAGACAGGCCAGCAGAUGGGAAAGCUGCGUCUCUGACGAGCGGAGCAGCAGAGGAACAGGCAGUCAGGCAGGCAAACAGACAGCCGAGCAGAGCGCAGAGAGGCCGGCGGGCAGGAAGCGUGAGGUGGCCGGCUGCAACGAGAGCAGACAGCUGGAAUGUUAAACUAUCACACCAGCGUACAUGACAUGUCAUCCCCACUUACAACAGCUCAGAGGCUCGACCCUGCGCAGAGUCGACUUAGACUGCGGUCUCUGUGGUUUACCCCUUUGGCUCUGUGUGAUCUGUCAGGUUCCACCGCAGUCUAACUCUGUUAGAUGGAGAUAAUCUGCCACAUGUGAUGGUGAUGCUGUUCUCUUAUUUAAUAUGUGAUCAGUCCGCUGGUGCAGAACAGACAAGAACUGCAGAAAAGCAGCCUGGGAAACCUAUGAUUGUAUUAUUUACCCUCAUGACACUUCGCUAACCUUCUCCCUGUCUAUAUCUAGGUUUCUACCAUCAGUUUUGUCGGCUGAGAUGAAAACUGUCUGGAAAGACCAGGACAGAGCUGCUGAUGUUACUCUAAACCCUGAUAUAGAAGCGGAUCUCGGCUCCCUCUCAGUGGAUGCUCCAGUCAUGAAAUGGAGUUUUUCCAAGAUACUAUUGUUACACUUGAUGGCUUUAAAAGUAACUGAGUACUCCUGUCAGUAAGGUAGGCCCUCCAACUCUUUUUAUAGAGAGCAUCGCUCUUACUAGAGCCCUGUUCACUCAAAGCUUGACAGACCUGCGGUGUCUAUAUCUUCAGUUGAGGGUGGUUUUAGUGAAACGUCAGUUCCCAGGAUUCCCCUCUGUGAAUUUCCCACAGUCAGCCACAGCUCUAUUCUUUCAGCAGCCCUCAAAUCACAGCCUCCUGUUGUUUAGCUGUUUCUGUUGCCUUCAUUUACUGAGGCAAAAACAUCCUCUUCAAUCAACAGAAGUACAGUUUAGUGCUGACAUCUGUUAAAAUGCUGCUGAUCUGGGUUUUUAACAGAGUGGAAAACAUCGAGCACAAUCACAUUCAGUUCUGUUAGAAUGAACCUGCUCUCGAUGCUCUCCAGCGAUUGCAGCAUUAAAAGCCAGUGUAGGAGAGAAAACACUAAACUAUAAUGUGAUUUAAACUGCAUUUGUCAAGAUCGCACUUUACAGGAUUUUUAACAAGGUUGUUCAGUGCAAUGGAACCAGGUGGUGUCUGAGUGCUGAUGAUUAUUCUCUGAACGUGCACGAGGCAAAUCAAACCUGCAGUAAUAUGCAAACGACGAAACAAUAUGUGAACUUUGGAAAAAUAACUGAUGAUGACGACAGUGACAAAAACUCAAAAUAACUUAAGUCUGCUUCUGAUCACAACUCAAACCUCAACAAAAGCACUGCAAUCUCUGCCAGUGAUGGAAGUUUGUUGCUCAGCUUUUAUGAGGCCUGAGAAGAGCAUCACUACUACAUCAGCAGAUUUACUACUCUCUCCACAGACUCUCCACAGUAGACUGAUAGUAGUAGGAGUUUCUCUGGCAGUGGAUAUGUUGCUGCAGCCUUGAGAAACAGUUGUUCCAGAGGCUUUUCCAUCAGGAGUGGAGUCAGGUUACAUGAUCUUUCAUGGUCUUUUUGAACGCCCCCGUUUCUUCUUUGUCCCGCAUGUCCUGCCAGGUUUCAAAUUUAUUUGCUGAAUGUUACAAACAGAGUCAACACAAUUUUUACUUAUGAAAAAAUCUUAUACAUUUAAGGUCCUUAAGAUAACAGCUUUGACCCUUUACCUCCUCAAACCCCCACAAUUCCACUGAAACAGGAGAAUGUUUCUGUAUGCGACAUUAAAUAUUUGUAAUUUUACAGCCAAGUAUACCAAGGGAUUGUGUUCAUAUUGGGUGACUGUGCAGCAUUAUUUACAUCACACAGGUGUUCAUGGUGCGUGGAGCACAUCUGGUUUUCAUACCAGAGACCAGACUAUCGCUCCACUCAUCAACAUUUAAUAUAUUUCCCUAACUUUACCUAGGUCAUAAUCGUUGCCUAACCUUUACCAUAAAUUGAGAAAAAAAUCAUUUUAAACAUUGGCACUGAAUGCUUCAAGAAUGUUGUUGGUGAACUCAAUCUGGGUUUAUGUUUUUUGGCUUUUUGUUGUUUUUUUCAGAAUUUUUGAAUCUCUUAUCUAGGUGUGAAUUCAAAGUUAACGACCUUCAAUCCAUUCUAAUGUCAGUUUUCAAAAAUGUUAUCUUAACACUUGCUUUGCUCAGCCAUUAAGGCAUUAAAAGGGUGCUUGUUCCUGUUCAAAUCAAUCAACAUUUUAGGGAAAUGGAGAAAAGCCAGCUUUGAUAUCAGAGAGAGUACUGUGGGUCAAAGGUAAAACCAUGUUCAUUGUGUGUUUUAGUCGAGUGAUUUCUGUGCUUUAGCAAAUAUCUGAGAUGAGUUUUUUCACAGCUAGAACACACAUACAGUAGAAUAAUUUCAGGCUGUAACGUCAGGAUUCAGUUGAGCUUUUAUCAGUGUCAGUGAGGCUGUGAGUUGUUCAGGAGGAAAUGUGAAGGAAAACACACAUAUUUAGUACCAUAAACAGGGAAACACACACUCACACAGCCACUGUAGAUGCUUCCAGUUGUUAGGAUAUAAAGUUUACAUGUAAUAAACAUCUGUAUACUGCUUGAAUAUAGCAAAACUGAGUCUAUCUGAAUCUCACUCAGAGCGUUCUGCAGGAUUAUUUUUAAGGUUUGAGUUAGGUUUUGUUAGAGGUUGGUAUCAGAGGCUGCUUUGUUCUGUUGUAAAAACUUAUUGUAUGUAGAGGAAAUUAAACACAGUAACACACAGGUGAAGAUUUUUAAUUUUAUUACAGAUUUAUGUGGUGAUGCUUUGUGCUUUACCACACAUUUAAGAUUUUUUAAAUGUUUCAUUUAUUUGUCAGUAUUUUAUUAAAAUUGCAAUCUACCUUGUUUAUCACACAGGGGGCAGAUUGGUAUAUGUUGUAUGAAUUGUAAACUGAAUUAUGAAGUUAGAAUCUGUUUUAUUUAAGAAAUUCAGCAUUUCGAAUGUUAUUUCUGUGUUGUUGUUACGUCUUUCCUGCUGACUUUGGAUCAAAAUAUUGUUGAAUACAUUUCAGACACUUACUGUAACAGACCAGUAUAGGUGGCUCUCACAGCUUUAAAACCACCAGGGAAGCCAUCGUGGAGGUCCUCAGUGAUUAUUUAUAAAUUUUAAUUUUACUAUCUCACCAAAUCUGAACAUUAACUAUUCAUUUCUGAGCUGGUUUUAAAUGUAGACAUCCUUUCACUAAUACUUAAGAGCUGGUUUGUCAGUUUAUUGUGAACUAACCUACCAUGAGUUAUUGUAAAGACAUAAAUAUUCACACGAGUCUGUGUGUGAGGAAACUGUUGUUUGCAGACACCCUGAGAGGCCGGUCAGAGACAAAAUUCUGCUGAUUCAUUUCUUAGUUCUGAUCUAAAUUGUUUCCUCUCCUGUCUCUGCUUCAUCUGUCAAACAAGUGGAGAAAAGGUUUUGUUAGGUGAGAAAGAAAAAAAGUUUUACCAGUGUCAUUUUUCUAAGAUAUUUAGUUUUUAUCUGUGAAAACAAUUGAAAUAAAAAAAAGUUUUGAAAAAAAUCACCUGAAAGAAAACAUCAAUACUAGACAAACAAUUACAGAAAUUCAUGACAACAAAAAGAAAAUUCUUAGACAAGAAUAAAGAAACUUAGAAGAAUUUUGCCCUUAAAACUUUUCACAUUUUCUCAAGUCAUAAACACAGAACAGUAAACAGCUUAGAUCAGAAAAUGGAUCAGUGGAAACAAAAUCUUAUUUUCCUCCCUUGCCUCUCAGGGUUUCUGUAGUUAUUUGAAAGAAGAAUAAUUGUAACUUGCUUCACUUAUCGGAACAAAUGCCUCACUUGCAAACCGUGCAUGAGUGUAUAGGCGCCCCAAAGGACAAAUUUAUCAGCAGUUUGCAAGCGAACACUUGUGAAACAUGACGCUGACACCAUUUACAAUUCACCUUAUGCAGUGCUCACAAAUCAAUUUAUUCCUCCCUCUAGGAGCUGGUGAUUGCUUUUUGGAUUUGCAUGCUCUUUAACACAUGACUAAACACACUAACUAAAAUACAGCAUUUGAAAACAGAGAUUUUUUUAUUUGUAAGUAUAAUCACAUUUAUUUUGACUCCGUCCUGGUCUGUUCUGAUAUAACGUUCAACAUCUACAGUGACUCACCAGUAGACCUCCAUGAUGGUGCCAAAUGUGGUUGAUAGUAUAUUAGUGAUUAAAAUACAAAGCUUCCACAGUUGGGGCUGCAUUUCUCCAAAUCAGAGCUAAAAUCCCAGUUUGAAACAUACGCAGUGAUUGGGUAAACUUGUGACAGUUUGGAGGAUUGUAGAAGAGAGGACAUUGCUAUCAUUCAUAGAAACUGAAUAAAUAUAUUGUUUGCAUUCAUCUGGUUCAUAACAUUUGACACUAAAUGGUUCAAAAAUAAGGAAAAAGUCAACUUCAAUGUCUGGUUUGAGUGAUGCACAUGUCCUCUGCUUUUCUGUGCCUAUGAGUUUGACAGGCAACCUAAACAUCACUGACCGACAGAACUUUGUUUUUCCAGUUUCCAGAUAAUGUAAAACUGGCAGCAAUGACAGCACAUGCUCUGUAUAGAUCAGUUAAUAAUUUAUUGUUCUUUUCUUUAUGAUGUUGGAAUCAAACUCUCCAAGUCUUUAUCAGACUAAGAAGAGUCAUUUCUCACUGACUUUGAUUAAUGUUUCAUUUAUCUCAGCCAAAGCCACCUCUCCAGUUAAAAACCUAAUGUAUUGUUUCUAAUCAUUAAGUAUUUGUGCUUUGAAGAUUUGGACAUUGAAUGACAUUUUUUUUAAUGAUUGAUAAUUUUCUGAAAAUGAAUGCAAAACUUUCAGUUGUGAUAUAUUUAUUGAUUUUCAUAUCACUUGUUCUUUGAUUGUAUAGUUGCAGUAGGAGCUGUAGGGAGACCAAACUCAAAACCGAAUUGUGAAGUCGUUAUGGAAAGCCAGUAUAUUAUAGGAGCAAAAAACUGUUCAGUUAGCAGGUGUUAAAUGUAUAAAUGUCCUCAAAGACAAUUUGCUGAAAUGCAUUAUGUAAAACGAGCAAAAUAAAUAUGGACACACGUA